AUGCCCCGUAUCAGGAAAGGCUUAGCCAAGACAAAGGCAGUGGCCAAGGUAGUUCGAUCGGGAUCCACUCCAAAAAUCCUGGCCAAGGCCCACGAGAAAGUGCGUUUCAGAAAGCCGAAGACGCGAAAACUCGCACGAGCGCCCAAGUACCCUCGCAAGUCUGCGCCUGCGACGCCGUGGAUCGAUGAGUUCGGCGUUAUUAAACACCCACUGACGACGGAGAGCGCAAUGAAACUAAUGGAAGAUCACAAUACGCUGGUGUUUAUUGUAGACGUUAGGUCUGACAAGCGGAAAAUUCGUCAAGCGGUCGCGAAGCUCUACGGUGUUCAAGCGAGCAAAGUGAACACGCUCAUUCGUCCCGACGGGAAGAAGAAGGCGUUCGUUCGAUUGGCUGCCAACUACGACGCACUUGAUGUUGCGAAUAAGAUCGGAAUAAUCUAA